CGAACCUUAACUCUCUUCUCUACCAAGGAUUUUCAACAGAGAGGUAUUUCGAAAGAGUUUACGAUCACGCUGCGCAAAGAAUUAAGGGAUAAAUAACCACGAUCGGUAUAAGAAUGACUCUGGUUGCGGGAUCAGGAACGUCUACAUUGAACCCCAAUGCCCCUCUCUUUGUCCCAGCUGUUUAUCGCCAAGUAGAGGAUUUCUCACCAGAAUGGUGGCAACUAGUGACGACAACGGCAUGGUACGAGGACUACUGGAUCAGCCAGCACCAGGAUGACUUCUACAACAACACCGAGAAUGAUGUCUCCGAUGGCAACGACAUCGCCGAUUGGCUCGAGGAUACUUUUGACCCUGUCACCAACGAAGAUCUCCAGUUCGAGGAGUUCGAAGGAUACUUUUGACCCUGGCAAGGAGGCUGUUGCUGUUGUUGAUGAUGAAAAUGGUGCAGGGGUUGAUGAAAGUGAACAGAAGAAAAAGAAGAAGAAAAAGAAGAAGAAGAAGAAGAAGAACAAAGACAGUGAGGAAACUGUUGUUGUCGUUGAUAGUG